GAGAGCGAGCGAAGAAAAGCACAGAGAAACGGACGGGGUUAAGAAAUAAGAGAGAGAGAGAGAGAGAGAGAGAGAGAGAGAGAUAGAGAUAGAGAUAAAGGUUCACAGGAGGAUAUUUUUUAAUAUUGGGAGUUUUUAAAAAAGGACAACGCCGUGUGUAUAUGGAGUUAGGAGCUGUGUGUGUGUGUGACUGAGUGUGAGUGUGAGUGUGUGUGUGUGUGUGUGUGAGUGUGAAGGGAUCCGCCAUGGAUCUACUGGAUCUACUGGAUCUACUCAGCACAUGAAAGGACUCUACUGAUAAUAAUAACACAGGGUUUUUACAGGCUUUCGGCUUCAGCACACAGAGACAAUAAUAAUAAUAAUAAUAAUAAAACUCGACCGGUUUGGAGGCCUUACAUUUGUUUGCAGUUACAUUUCGCCUUGACAACAGUGCUGGAGAUUUGAUGUAAGUCUCUAUAAAGGAAACACAACCCGAGGACAAAAGGAGUUAUUUUUUCAUCACCGUCGUCCAUUUUUUACUCUGUAAUCCUGCUCUGAGAUUAAAAGUCCAGGCUCCAGGAGGAUCUUUAUCACACACACAGGUUGGAGUCAUGUCAGGUCGUCCCAGGACCACGUCCUUCGCAGAGAGCUGCAAACCCGUGGCUCAGCCUUCAGCCUUCGGCAGCAUGAAAGUCAGCAGAGACAAGGAUGGCAGCAAGGUGACUUCAGUGAUGGCGACUCCAGGCCAGGGGCCAGACCGGCCUCAGGAGGUCAGCUACACCGACACCAAGGUGAUCGGGAACGGCUCGUUCGGCGUCGUAUACCAGGCCAAACUGUGCGAGUCCGGAGAAAUGGUGGCCAUCAAGAAGGUGCUGCAGGACAAGAGGUUUAAGAACCGUGAGCUGCAGAUCAUGAGGAAGCUGGACCACUGCAACAUCGUCCGCCUCCGAUACUUCUUCUACUCCAGCGGUGACAAGAAGGACGAGGUGUAUCUGAACCUGGUGCUGGACUACGUCCCUGAGACGGUGUACAGAGUCGCCAGACACUACAGCCGAGCCAAACAGACCCUCCCCAUGGUUUACGUCAAGUUGUACAUGUAUCAGCUCUUCAGAAGUCUGGCCUACAUCCAUUCGUUUGGAAUCUGUCAUCGAGACAUCAAACCCCAGAACCUCCUGCUGGAUCCCGAGACAGCCGUGCUCAAACUCUGUGACUUUGGCAGCGCUAAGCAGCUGGUCCGUGGAGAACCAAACGUGUCCUACAUCUGCUCACGGUACUACAGAGCUCCUGAACUCAUCUUUGGAGCUACUGACUACACCUCCAGCAUAGACGUGUGGUCAGCAGGCUGUGUGCUGGCUGAGCUGUUGCUAGGGCAACCGAUUUUCCCCGGCGACAGCGGAGUGGAUCAGCUGGUGGAGAUCAUCAAGGUUUUGGGCACGCCCACCCGUGAACAGAUUCGAGAGAUGAACCCCAAUUACACAGAGUUCAAGUUUCCUCAGAUUAAGGCCCACCCGUGGACUAAGGUGAGUCAGCAGGUGUUCCGGCCACGCACACCUCCUGAAGCCAUUGCUCUGUGCUCUCGUCUGUUAGAGUACACACCCACGGCUCGGCUCACGCCGCUGGAGGCCUGUGCACACUCCUUCUUUGACGAGCUGAGAGACCCGAACAUUAAACUGCCCAAUGGGAGGGAGAAGCCAUCGCUGUUUAAUUUCACCACUCAAGAAUUGUCCAGUAACCCAUCCUUGGCCACCAUCUUGAUUCCUGCUCAUGCACGUAAUCAAGCAGGUGCCUCUACCCCCACCAAUGGCUCCAGCACUACAGACGCCAACAGUGGAGAACGCGGUCAGAUCACCAAUGCAGCCUCUGCCUCUGCCUCCAACACCUCCACCUGAGUGUCCCGCUCAACCAGCCCGGUCCAUCCAGGCGACGCCCCGCCCGUUCCCCGGAUCGGUGUGGGUGGGGUUUAAACCAUCCAACCACAACUCUUACUGAAACUGCAACAGCCAAACCAUAAUUUCAGUGCUUUCUGCACUGUUCAAACCGAACUCCCGGACAGAACCAUGACAGUGAUGAGAGUGAAAGAGAGAGAGGGUGAGCUGUGGCACAGGGGGAGAACUCGCAUCAUCAACCCUGUGGACAAUCUCGUAAUCAAAGCAAUCCAGUAGCCAAAUCCAUCUUCUUCCAUCUUACUUUAGCGAGCCUGCUGUUCAAAUGGGCUCUCUCUCUCUGUCUCUCACUUUCUCUCUUUCUUUCUUCCACACAAUCAAGUCUUAUACACACAGCAUCUGUCCGUCCACAUCCUCUUCCUCUUCACACCCUCGUCACCUGUAGUGCAUGGCUUGAAUUUGGUCGGGAGCACUCAGUAACUUAAAAAGGUACAGGUAAUCACUAAGAGCAACUUUUUUGUCAUCUGUGUGUGUGUGUGUGUGUGUGUGUGUAUAU